AUGCCGACUGAUUCGGAUGUGGAGAAAUUGAGGAAACAAGUUCGCAAAGCAUUUCAGAUGCGUGCACUCACCUUAAGCAAGGAAGCUAUGGAAUAUGCUAUCCAAAUUCUAUUGGAAUUGGAAGGUGAAGAGCGAACUCGGUGGAUAAACAAAGUUAUUGGUGUGUUGUCGAAACAGAAGGCAAACGGGCCAGUGCUUUCGAUUAGUGAAUUGAAAUCAGCUGUUUCCGAAUGUGCCAGCAAUCUUUCUUCAAAACAAGAAUCAUUAAUUCGUGUAAUUGAUUUGUUCACCGUUCCACGUUUACGGUAUGAUGAGCAACGUAAAACAUUGGUCGUAUUGGAUGGUCAAGCAUCCACGAUAGGUCAAAGUAGUGAUGCGAAAAAUUUAUAUAGAGAACGCUUGAAACUUGUUGUGCAGCGUGCAUUGCGAAGUUCUGCAUUUGAGCAUUAUCAGUUAUGCUCCGUAGAAGCUCUGAUAGGCACUCCAGAAAGAGCAAGUAAUUUAGUAUUAAUAGGAAUGUUAACUCAAAGGAGUCCUGGUGUUUAUGAAAUUGAGGAUCUUACAGGUGCUAUAGAGGUUGAUCUUAAGGAAGCGACUUUCCACAAAGGUCUUUUCACCGAUGGCUGUAUAAUGAUGUUGGAGGGUCGGUAUUUUGAUGGUGUAUUUCGCGUUAGUGCUGUUGGUCUUGCACCAGUUGAAAAUGCCAAGAUUACAAGAAAUUACUUUGGAGUAACAAACUGGUUUGGUGGUGAGAGUACAGUCGCCUAUGGGUCGCAAAUUCGACUUCGAACACUAUGCGAACGAAAUGAUAGAACAAGGUUCAUCCUUAUGUCAGAUGUAUGGCUGGAUGACUCAAGGAUACUGAAUGCAAUCAAGGAGCUUAUAUUUGCCUUCACAGAUUCCCAGUUGCUUGCAUUCAUUAUAUGUGGUAAUUUCUGUUCUCAGGUGGGUACAGCUGACGCAUACCAUCUCAUAUAUGAUGGAUUUCGCCGCUUAGCAGCUAUUUUACAAAAAGAUAUUUUUGCUAAUCGUAACGUUCACUUUAUAUUUAUCCCUGGUCCAGAUGAUCCAUCACUGAAUUCGAUACUACCGCGGCCACCAUUACCAUUCCAACUUUUCGAACUGAUGAGAGAUGUGCCGAACUGUUCGUUUGCAUCAAAUCCAUGUCGUAUACAAUACACCAAUCAGGAAAUUGUUAUCAUGCGUCACGAUUUGGUUGAAAAAAUGUGCAGAAAUAGUAUUCAUAUGCCAUCGACCACUGCAGACAUUCCAGAACAUUUCUGUUAUACAAUCGCUUCCGUCGGACACUUAUCGCCACUACCCCUUCAUAUAUCACCUGUUAUUUGGCAAAUGGAUAGCUACCUCACGUUAUACCCAUUACCGGAUCUUGUUAUCAUUGCGGAUAAAUUUGAACAUUUCCAUUACCAAUUAGAAAGUACCAUGUUUGUUAAUCCAGGCUCAUUUGCUCGUACUGAUCUUAAUUUUUAUGUAUAUUAUCCAGCGUUACGUACGGUCGAGGUAUGCUCUGCUGAUCAAAAAGCCACUGAAGCUGCUGAAUAA